AUGGCUGGUACUUAUGAUAGUGAACAGCAGAGAAUGAUUGACAGAAUCAGAUGCAUUGCUUUUCGUGAAGCUCGUGACGCCGGUGCAACAUUUAUCAAUAGACAAUGGAUAGCAGAAAAAGUUCAUCGUACUACUCGAUUUGUCACAGAAUGGUGGGAGAAAUCAUAUGACCAGUGUUUUGCUGAUUAUUCGAAUAGCGGUCCAAAACUCAAGUUAUCACAAGCUAGUCGAGACACCAUUCUUAAUGCAAGCGGUAAACAAAGAAAAAGUUGUUCUGUUGUGGCAAAGGAAAUUGCUGAAAAACACGGAGAAUACGUGGUUCCAAGAACGAUUAAUAAUUAUCGUCACAGGGAAGGACUAAAGCCAUUCCACGUCAUUCCCAAAUCAUUAAAAACAGAAACUCAUAUAUCAGAUCGAUUAUGGCUGUGUGAUUGGUUAAAGGAUUGGACUAAGGAAGACUUCCUUCAUCUUGCACCAUCAGAUGAAUUUUAUGUCUGGACCGUCCGUAGACCAAAUUAUCAAAAUGAUCGAAUUUGGGCAAGAAGUAUCGAAGACAUCGAACAGGAUGAAAGAUAUCGUGAAAUGGUCAAUCAUCAAACAUGCAUUGGAGUUUUCAUCAUGUUCACUUGCAAGAGAUUACUCUGGGUGAUCAAAGAUAAAGGUGAAUCUUGGACUGGUGAAUAUUUUCGAGAUGUAAUUUUGACACAGAACGUAUUUCCUUUCUUAAAAAAAUGA